GCAAGGACAAGGACAAGGAGAGCACCGGGAGCCGGCUGCUGAACAUGCUGAGACAAACUCUUCAGGAGUCUGAGAGUGAAGAAGUGGUAGUAAAACAGGAGACACCAACUCUAGUGCCAUUUGGGGAUGUGGUAUGUUGGCUGCUGGCUGUUCAUAUAAAGAAUUGCAGACAAUUAAUACCUAAAAUCAGUUCACAACAUCGCAAUAGUUUGUUUUUUCGCAUCUCUGUAAACAACAUUGUAAAAUGUACAAAAACUCAUAGCUUGAAGUCCACUGCUAAUGAAAAGAACCCUGUAAUUAAGUUCAAUGAUGUGAAGUACUUUUCUGUACAGGUUCCCAGACGUCAAGAGGAUGAGCGGAAUAAAAUUUUUUUGGAACUAAUGCAAUAUGACGAGACAGGAAAAUUUCCUACCUUGAUAGGGAGUGUUGAGGUACAUCUUUAUCAAAUAAUUCAGAAAGGAUGUUUUACUGAAGAAUUACAAAUACUACAUGACAACACAUUUGUCUGCAGAGUGGAUGUGGAAUUUAUGUUCUCCUAUGGAAACUUUGGUUAUGGAUUUUCACAUCAGUUAAAACCUCUUCAAAAACAUAUUCAACCAUCUAUGUUUAUGAACAUUGCACCACCUCCAGAAAGAACAGAUCCGCAGACAAAUGUUAUUACACCACAGCCAGUAGAAUAUCCAGCAUUCUUAUCUCCAGACCUGAACGUUACUAUUGGAACUCGAACUGAUGUGAAACACCCUAACCAGACACCUGUAGUGCGACUUGAAAAACUUCAGCAACAACCUCGGGAAAGGCUGGAAAGAAUGAAAAAGGUAUAUAGAAAUCUGAAUACAUGGACAGAAAAAGCAGAUUAUUUAGGAAGCAUUAUUAAUCCCAAAUUGGGACACAAAGAUUCUAAGGAAGGCAAUGUGACUGAGGUACUUGAAAACCAGAGUAAUAAUCCAUAUGAAGAAAUGUCUGUAAAGAUUACAUUAGAUGAGGAAGCUCAAGAUCAAGCACAUGAAAUAGUCAGCCAGUUAGAGGUUACAUGGUCAUUGACUGAUAGAAGUUGA